AUGCUGUUCACCAAUCUCCCAAACAUUUCGCUGUUAUCAGCCAGUUGUUUACUCACGACAGCCUUGGCUACAAACAUCACCGUCUAUCAGGCCGGUGUGCCCUUUGUGCCCACACCACUACCCGAGCCUGGGGCAGCGGCGGACUUUGAAGCCAUCAUCGAGCAUUUCAACCGCCUCGGCCGCACGACGGUGUGGAACCUCGUCAAGAAGAUCCCGUUUGAAGGCGACACCGGCGAGCCCGAAGGCAUGAUCAACAUCGGCGAGGAAAGAUAUAUCCUGGGCCGCGGCGACUGGACCGAAAAGACUGUCUCGUACGGGAAGAAUGUCAUCAUCAACGGCACGGAUCGCUCGCCUGGCGCCGGCUAUGCUCACCUGCUCAUCUACGACGGGGAAGGGAAACGUGUGGCCGACGCAACCCUGACGCCACCAGGUGAUAUCGAGUACCACAUUGGCGGCAUCGAAUAUGACGGCGAAGUCAUCUGGGCGACGCUUGCGCAGUAUCGGCCCAACACGACUGCGACAAUUGUCUCGGUCGAUCCCUUGACCCUCAAUCAUGAGAAAGUCAUCCACUACGCCGACCACCUCGGCGGCAUCGUGCACGACAAGAAGCGCCAGCAACUCAACACUCUCAACUGGGGUGCUCGCAACGCAUCGAUCUGGGACUUGAGCCAUGCCCCGAACCCGUACCCAGAAUUCUCCAAGCCGGUCGCCGUCGUCCGCAACCCGAGCUUCUACGUCGACUAUCAGGACUGCAAGUUCCUAGGGCACUCGAAAGUGUACGCGCACCGUCCCGUGAUGAUGUGCUGCGGCGUUGCGACGUUCUCCAACAAUGUCACCGUGGGCGGGUUGGCACUUGUCGAUGUUGACACGAUGAUCCCAUUGUCCGAGGUUCCAUUGACCAUGGAAAGUGAUCUGGGGACGCCCAUUACUCAGAAUCCGUUCGAUGUCGCGCUCGUCGACGAGACGAUGCGUCUGUAUUUCUUGCCCGAUCAGCAUAAUUCGACACUCUACGUUUAUGAGCCGGAGGUGAAAAGUCCUUACCAAUAUUAA